AUGUUUAGUUUAGGAAAAUUGGUUAAAAAAGAUGCUUUUUUUUAUAGAUAUAUAACAAAUGUUAAUAAAGAUUUAAAAAUUAAACCAAUUACAAAGAUAUUAAUUGCAAAUAGAGGUGAAAUUGCAUGUCGUGUAAUGAGAACAGCAAAAUCAAAAGGUGUAAAAACCGUAGCAGUUUAUAGUGAAGCAGAUAAGAAUUCAUUACAUGUUUCAAUGGCAGAUGAGAGUUAUUUAAUUGGACCAGCAGCAGCCAAAGAGAGUUAUUUAUGUGGAAAUAAGAUCAUAGAUGUAGCAAAGAGAUCUGGAGCACAAGCAAUUCAUCCAGGUUAUGGUUUCUUAUCAGAGAAUUCAGAUUUUGCUGAUCUCUGUGAGAGAGAAGGUAUCAUUUUCAUUGGACCACCAUCAGAUGCAAUCAAAGCAAUGGGUAGCAAAAGUGCCUCAAAGGAUAUUAUGAUCAAAGCUGGCGUACCAACCAUCCCAGGUUACCACGGUGAAGAUCAGUCAAUGAGUGUGUUGAAGAGUGAGGCUGCAAAGAUUGGCUAUCCAGUAUUGAUUAAAGCUGUUAUGGGUGGUGGUGGUAAAGGUAUGAGAAUCGUUGAGAGAGAGGAGGAUUUAGAGGACGGUGUUGAGUCCUCAAAGAGAGAGGCCACCGCAUCCUUUGGUGAUUCUAGAGUUUUGGUAGAAAAGUAUUUAGUUCAUCCAAGACAUGUGGAGAUUCAAGUUUUCGCCGAUAGACAUGGUAAUUGUGUUCACCUCUUUGAGAGAGAUUGUAGUGUACAAAGACGUCAUCAAAAGAUUAUCGAAGAGGCACCAGCUCCACAUCUCUCUGAGGAGCUUAGAAAGAAAAUGGGUGAUGCUGCAGUUGCCGCCGCCAAGGCUGUAGGUUACGUUGGUGCUGGUACCGUAGAAUUCAUUUUAUCCGCUGAUAAUAGCUUCUUCUUUAUGGAGAUGAAUACCCGUCUUCAAGUGGAGCAUCCAAUCACUGAAAUGAUCACCAAACAAGAUUUAGUAGAAUGGCAAUUGAAGGUAGCCGAAUCCCAAACACUCCCAAUGGAGCAAGAACAAUUGAAGAUUCAUGGUCACUCUUUCGAAGCUCGUAUCUACGCAGAGAAUCCAGAUAGUGAUUUCUUACCAGGUACAGGUAAAUUAGCACAUCUUUCAACACCAACACCAUCCGAUACUUUACGUGUUGAAACUGGUGUACGUCAAGGCGAUGAAGUUAGCGUUUACUAUGAUCCAAUGAUUGCCAAAUUGGUGGUAUGGGAUCAAGAUAGAGAGAAGGCAUUAAGAUAUUUAAGAAAUGCUCUCGACGAGUACCAUAUCAUUGGUCUCAAUACAAACAUCUCUUUCCUUAAGAGAUUAUCAACUCAUCCUUCAUUUAUGGCUGGUGAAGUUGAAACUGGUUUCAUCCCAAUUCACAGAGAAUCCUUAAUGGCCCCACAAGCUCCAAUGUCUGAUGAUUCAUUAGCAUUGGCUGCCACAAGUUUACUCUUAAAAGAGAUCACUCAACAAAAAUCAAAAGAAGAUCCAAACUCACCUUGGUCAAGUUUAGGUGGUUUCCGUAUUAAUCAUAAUUUAAAAAAACAAGUUAAAUUCAAUCAAAAAGAUAAUAAAGUUGUUGUUAAUGUUGAAUUCAUUGGUGGUGGUGGUGCUGCUGCUAAUGGUAAACAUAACUUUAAAGUAACUUUAGAUAAUGGUAAUGUCGUUGAAGUUUUAGAUGCAAAAUUAAAUCAAAAUAAUGAAACUAUUAGUGCUCAUGUAAAUGGUAGAUUCUAUAAUAACAUUAAAUCCGUCAUUGUAAAGGAUACUUUAACAAUCUUUAAUGAAGGUCAACAAUACCAAUUGGAUAUUCCUCAAGAUGUUAAACCAAAAGGUGCUGAUGGUGUAUUGGGUUCUUUAGUUUCACCAAUGCCUGGAAAAAUCACUAAAGUUAUGGUAAAUGUUGGUGACAUGGUUAAAAAGGGUCAACCAAUCUUACUCAUGGAAGCAAUGAAAAUGGAACAUACUAUUCGUUCUCCAAUCGAUGGUAAAGUUGAAUCAUUACCUUAUAAUGUUAAUGAAAUCGUUGAGGAUAAGAAAACUUUGGCUGUUAUUGUUUAA